AUGUGUAUAUCAUUGCACACCAACUUCUACCACAAUUGUGGUCAUGAGCAAUUCGUCUUGAUCCCGUCAGUCAAUCCAACAUGCCCGAGGCAACUGGAAAGUCUGAGAUAUGUUGAGAACGAAUAUUGCCCACGCUGCACAUGGAAAGGUAAACUUCUCCGCUUUGCUUUCCCCCGCGUGUGGCAAGAGCUUGGAGCUGGUAUUCCCUGCCAGGGCUUCACUGGCCAAGUAAUGCGAACUAUUCGAAUGCCAUGGUAUGCGAAGUACAAUUACACCAAGAGAACACUCUGGCAGGAGCGAAACAGAUAUUAUAGGCUCAAAUUCGAAUACAUACACAGGAAACAUGAGAGAAACAUGGCCGCAGAGCGGUUAGAACAACAGCGAAACGGGGAAAGUGCUUUGGAUUGGGUCUGCUUUCUUCGCGCUUCUCGUCCAGGCGUUCUGAACCCGUCACCAGAUGUCUACUGCGAAUUUGCAGACGAAUCUGGAGACCACUUGGAUGAGAUUUCGGAGGAUAGAGACACUUGCGCCAUUUGCCAGAAUAGAACGAAUCUGGGACCGAAUGAUCCUGAAAGUUGCCAGGGUAGUGGAUACAUUGACGAGGCUGGAAAUAUGGUGGGAGGUGAACCAGUCUUCCUGCUUUGUCGUCAUGUAUUUGGACUUGGAUGCAUUCGUCAAUGGAUAGAAGGUUCGGAGACUCUCACCCAGCACGACACUUGUCCGAUGUGUCAGAACGUCUUUGAAUUCCAUCGAGAGGUUCCGUAUAGAGCUCCACCGUGGUGGGCAGCAGCACAAGCAUACGAUACGUUGCCUAUCACUGGCAAGAUCAUGUACUGGCCUCCACGGUUGAUUCAGCUGUUGGUAGUUUUUUUGACUCCAUUUUGGGAAUGGUGCUUGCGCGUUGCACAGAUACCCUCAACCAUGAUAACUGGAACUCAACAAUGGUAUGCUACAACAAGGGUCGAAGUAGCCAGAUUCCGAGAAUGGCGUCAGAUUUUGAGGUACGACAGGGAGAAUUUUGUCGCAUGGAUAGAAGUCAUGGUUGACUAUUACGUCUACCUAACGUUAGUAUCUCUUUGCCUAUCCCAUCCGUUCUGGCUGAGCUGCACGAACGUUUUGAUGGCUACCAUCGGAGCUGCGACAUAUUGGUGGUCCAGGCCACGUCCACUUGCAGGAGAGGGUAGUGAGAGAUUUGCGGCGUACUUGAUUUUUAGCUUCCUCGGAAACUUUGCUGAAUGGCUGAUUGAGAAUUUGAUGAGAGGAUGGUUCGUCCGGUGGUACGAUUAUGUAUGGGCGUUGGUUUAUCUUUUAUGUUGGGGCAGAAUUUUGUGGGCGUAUACGUAA